CAGUUCAGCUAAAACGAACAGACCUAUGUUGUGUGUGUGUCAAUACAACUGUAUGGAACGUAAAAUACACAACAAUGAAGGAUACGUAUUCGGUGAUAUCGCCUAAACUUGCCGGAGGACCUAAGGGACUGGGUGAUCCUGACGACAAAAGCUUGAGGAAGGUGGAGAAAGAUGUCCUGAUACCCAAGUUGAUGCGUGAUAGAACUAAAACGGAAAAAUGCAUUAAAGAAGUUAAAGAAUUCCAUGACUGCUGCCUCAAUUCAGGAUUGUUAAACGUAGUAAAGUGUAGAAAAGAAAAUGAAAUCAUGAAAUCGUGCAUGGAAAAGUGGUUCUACAAUCAAGACUUUAUCAAAGAAUGUACAGAACAAUAUCUAAAUGAAAGAAGUGAAUUCAGAAAGACUGGAAUUCCUAAAAAGCAAAGAAAUACCAGAAUAGAAGCAUCAUUAUAAACAUAGGGAUAAUAAAUAGAUGAUACCAGGAUUGUUUACAUUGUCCAAAUUUUUUACAAGUAUAUAAUAUAUAUGAUAUUUGUAAUUAAUAUCUGGACAAUUCUCUUUUAGUAGAAAAGCCAUGAAAUAUUGUGCGAGUUGCUUCAAAUGUAGUUGGAAAAGCUAAAUGGAUAAUUGGAAGUUAAAAUAAUAUUAAUUCUUAGAUAGAUUCUUGUAAUGCAUUCAAUCAUUGUUGUGCAUUCAAUUCUUGUACAGUAAACUCUUGCAUUGCAAACUAUUUAAGUGCCCAUAAAGUGAACUUUUGGACUGUUCAUUCACAUGUAUAUGUCUACAUAAAUAUACUGUGCAACAUUUUCAUUCUUUUUCA